AUGACGGACACGACGGACGACAUAGCUGAGGAAAUCUCGUUCCAGAGCUUCGAUGAUGACUGUAAACUCCUUGGGAAUCUUCUCAACGAUGUCUUGCAGAGGGAAGUCGGAAGCCGAUUGAUGGAGAAACUCGAAAGAAAUCGAAUCCUCGCUCAGAGUGCUUGUAAUAUGAGGCUGUCAGGGAUAGAGGACACAGCCGAGCUGUUGGAGAAACAGCUUUCAUCGGAGAUGUCAAAGAUGACAUUAGAGGAAGCAUUAACGUUGGCUCGUGCCUUCAGUCAAUACCUCAAUUUGAUGGGUAUUGCUGAGACCCAUCAUAGGGUUCGCAAGGUACGUAAUGUGGCUCACCUAUCAAAGUCUUGUGAUGAUAUUUUUAAUCAGUUGAUACAAGGCGGAGUGUCGCCGGAUGAGCUCUAUAAUACAUUUUGCAAGCAGGAGAUCGAAAUUGUUCUUACUGCACAUCCCACGCAAAUUAACCGUCGCACGUUACAAUACAAACACAUUAGAAUUGCUCAUCUUUUGGAAUAUAAUGACCGCCCUGAUCUUAGUCACGAAGAUCGUGAGACACUGAUUGAAGAUCUGGUUAGAGAGAUAACUUCGAUAUGGCAGACAGAUGAGCUUAGGCGCCAUAAACCAACUCCAGUGGAUGAAGCUAGGGCUGGCUUGAACAUUGUGGAGCAAUCUCUAUGGAAAGCUGUACCUCAUUAUGUACGCCGUGUCAGCAAUGCUUUGAAAAAGCACACAGGAAAGCCACUUCCUUUAACCUGCACACCAAUAAAGUUUGGCUCUUGGAUGGGGGGUGACCGAGAUGGAAACCCAAAUGUAACCGCAAAGGUCACAAGAGAUGUGUCUCUUUUAUCUAGGUGGAUGGCCAUUGAUCUUUACAUCCGGGAAAUUGAUAGCCUUAGAUUUGAAUUAUCCAUGAGCCGCUGCAGUGACCAUCUGUCAAAGUUAGCACAUGAGAUUUUAGAAAAAGAAACAUCAUCAGAGGACCGACAUGACAGUUGGAAUCAACCUUCAAGCAGAAGUCAAUCAAUAUUUCCUAGCCAACAAGCUCGGCCUUUUCCCACACAACUUCCACCCAGAGCAGAUCUGCCCGCAUGCACUGAGUGCAAUCAUGGUGGAUCUCAGUAUCCCAAACUGGAACUUCCGAAUGUGCCAUCUAAUCGUCAGGAUGGUCAGGGUUCUUCAAGCUCAGAAUCUUCUUCCCAGGAUACCGCUAACGAUUUAGGCAAGCUGGCUAAUGGAAACAAUACUAAUGGUUCUGUGACUGUUACAACUCCUCGGGGAUCUUCUUUCACCUCUAGUCAACUCCUCGCUCAGAGAAAGCUAUUUGCUGAAUCUAAGGUUGGAAGAUCCAGCUUCCAGAAGCUUCUAGAGCCAAGCCUGCCUCAGCGUUCUGGAAUAGCUCCUUACAGAAUUUUUCUUGGAAAUGUUAAAGAAAAGCUCCUGAAGACAAGGAGGAGGCUGGAGCUUCUUCUCGAGGAUCUUCCUUGUGAGUAUGAUCCUUGGGAUUACUAUGAGACAGCAGAUCAACUUUUGGAGCCACUGAUUCUAUGCUAUGAUUCUCUGCAAUCAUGUGGAUCUGGGGUGCUUGCUGAUGGUCGUCUUGUUGACUUAAUACGAAGAGUUACUACCUUUGGAAUGGUUUUAAUGAAAUUAGAUUUGCGUCAGGAAUCUAGCAGACAUGCUGAAACACUGGAUGCGAUUACCAAUUAUUUAGACAUGGGUUCAUAUAGUGAGUGGGAUGAAGAGAAGAAGUUGGAGUUCCUAACAAGAGAACUGAAAGGGAAGAGGCCACUAGUUCCCCCUACUAUCAAGGUUGCUCCUGAUGUUAAAGAAGUCUUGGAUACAUUCCGUGUUGCUGCUGAGCUAGGGAGUGAUUCACUUGGAGCGUACGUGAUUUCAAUGGCUUCAAAUGCAAGUGAUGUCCUUGCUGUGGAGCUUCUGCAGAAAGAUGCCCGACUCGCCAUUAGCGGGGAGCUGGGUAGACCGUGUCCUGGUGGAACGCUGCGGGUCGUUCCUCUGUUUGAAACUGUGAAGGACCUGAGGGAAGCAGGUUCUGUGAUCAGGAAAUUAUUGUCAAUCGAUUGGUACCGAGAACACAUAAUAAAGAAUCAUAAUGGGCAUCAAGAGGUGAUGGUUGGAUAUUCUGAUUCUGGUAAAGAUGCUGGACGGUUUACUGCUGCAUGGGAACUUUACAAAGCUCAAGAGGAUGUUGUUGCUGCAUGCAAUGAGUUUAGUAUAAAGGUGACUCUAUUCCAUGGCCGAGGAGGGAGUAUUGGUCGUGGAGGUGGGCCCACAUAUCUCGCUAUUCAGUCCCAACCUCCAGGCUCAGUUAUGGGUACCCUGCGAUCAACUGAGCAAGGAGAGAUGGUGCAGGCCAAGUUUGGGCUGCCACUCACUGCUGUUAGACAGCUAGAGAUAUACACAACUGCUGUGCUGCUUGCAACCCUACGUCCCCCACACCCACCUAGAGAAGUAAAAUGGCGAGAUCUCAUGGAGGAGAUUUCAAAAAUCAGUUGCCAGAGCUAUCGAAAUAUAGUCUAUGAAAACCCAGAUUUCCUUGCCUACUUCCACGAGGCUACUCCCCAGGCUGAGCUUGGCUAUCUUAACAUUGGAAGCCGCCCUACGAGAAGGAAGAGCUCAACAGGGAUUGGUCAUCUUCGUGCUAUUCCAUGGGUGUUUGCAUGGACCCAGACCAGAUUUGUUCUUCCCGCUUGGCUUGGAGUUGGUGCAGGUCUGAAGGGUGUUUGUGAGAAGGGACAUACUGAAGACCUCAAAGCUAUGUACAAAGAGUGGCCUUUCUUUCAAUCUACUGUAGACCUUAUAGAAAUGGUUUUGGGGAAGGCAGACAUUCCUAUAGCUAAACAAUAUGAUGAAGUACUCGUGUCAGAGAGCAGGAGAGAGAUUGGUUCUGACUUAAGGAAAGAGCUCUUAACAACAGAGAAAUUUGUAUUGGUGGUCAGUGAACAUGAGAAGUUAUCCGAGAAUAACCGGAGCUUGAGGAGACUAAUUGAGAGCAGGCUUCCUUAUCUCAAUCCUCUGAACAUAUUGCAGGUGGAGAUACUUAAGAGAUUGAGACGUGAUGAUGACAACUAUAAACUCAGAGAUGCAUUGCUCAUCACCAUAAACGGGAUCGCUGCAGGGAUGAGAAACACGGGUUAAUUUUUAGCUGUAAUGCUUGUGAAACUUACUGGAAAAACUUGCACCAUCUUUUCCAUUUCAUCUUUUGUUUAAGUUCUACAGUCCUUUUGAUGGCCAGAGUCCAGAAAACUAUUUGCUCUGUCUAAAACAAAGUAUUAGCGUAAAUUAUGAAGAUAAAGAGUGUUCUUAUCUCCAAUUCUUA